CCUUCUUUGUCCGUCCGGAAAACCAGCUCCAAUUCUUUUGGGCGGGGUUAUUAUACAUUCUUUCGCGGUAACUCGCGUCGAAUUUUGAGAUUUUCCGUUCUCCCUCGCUUAGAACUUCGUCGGUUCCGUUUUCGAACCGCCGAAGGUGGUGGAAAAAUGCGCCCCGAACGGAUCGGUGCCAGUUUAUCGACUGAGAAUACCAAAUUGAGGUUAGGCAGUUGGUGACAGCUCCCGUUGACCUCCGCGGUGCCGUUCGAUUUGUUUUUUCGAUUUCGGGGCGGCGAGGGAGCCCUAGAAGGCUAUCGGUCGCGAAACCGAAACCCCCAAAGUGCCGCAGGCCCGUUUUCGAGCGAAACCAUGUGACGGGAGCGACGAAUUCACGAUCGCAACCCCGUGAAAGUGAUGUUGUAAUUUUCGCCGUCGCCAUUUUGAUUCGUCGCCAGUAUUUUUUUUCCUGGUAAGAUGGGGUCGUCGUAGCCACAUUGUCGUCCGCGAGGGGCAAAAUGGCGCCGGUGCCCCGGCCAGGCAGCCUACGCGACCCCGACAUAGCCGAGCUCUUCUUCAAACAUGACCCGGAGAAGAUAUUCGAGGACCUGCGGGAGAUUGGCCAUGGCAGCUUCGGCGCCGUCUAUUACGCGAGAUGCCUCAUCACCAAGGAGAUUGUGGCCAUCAAGAAGAUGUCCUUCACUGGCAAACAGAGCCUGGAGAAGUGGCAGGACAUCCUAAAAGAGAUAAGGUUCCUGAAGCAGCUGAGGCACCCCAACACCAUAGAGUACAAAGGCUGCUAUCUGAAAGAUAGCACUGCCUGGCUCGUGAUGGAGUAUUGCCUCGGGUCUGCCUCCGACAUCAUUGAGGUGCACAAGAGGCCGUUGAGGGAAGAGGAGAUCUCGGCCAUUUGCGACGGUGUACUCAGGGGGCUGAGUUACCUGCACGAAUUCGGUAGAAUACACAGGGACGUCAAAGCGGGUAACAUACUCUUGACCGAGAACGGUACCGUGAAGUUGGCCGAUUUCGGUAGCGCUUCCAUCAAGUGUCCAGCUAAUUCAUUCGUCGGCACCCCUUACUGGAUGGCCCCCGAGGUCAUACUCGCGAUGGACGAGGGCCAGUACGACGGCAAAGUUGAUGUCUGGUCUUUGGGGAUCACAUGCAUCGAGUUGGCCGAAAGGAAACCGCCCUACUUCAAUAUGAACGCGAUGUCCGCCCUCUACCACAUAGCCCAGAACGAUUCGCCCACUCUGUCUUCGCCCGAAUGGUCCGACGUCUUCAAGCAUUUCGUGGAGGCUUGCCUCCAGAAGGCGCCCCAUUCGCGACCCAGCUCGCAGCAACUGCUGUCUCACGUGUUCGUCACGAGGCAACGCUCGCCCAACGUACUCAUCGACCUCAUCCAACGGACCAAGGCGGCCGUCAGGGACCUCGACAACUUGAACUACCGCAAAAUGAAAAAGAUCCUGAUGGUGGACAAUUGCGAGACCGAGAGCAACGUCGACUCGUUACCGGACGUGGACGAUGCCCCCGAAGAGCCUACCGGCGGGGACAGUUCCAAGAGUAACUCGGUGACGUCGGAGCACUCGGUCCAUUCGGUGGGCGUGUCCGCCAGUAGUCAAUCGAGCAGCACCAACAGUCUGCCGGCCGGGAGGUUUUCAGGCGUCGAAGACGGCACCGCUAGGAGGCACAGGGCCAUUAACCACGUGGCCGCCGCAGCUCUCUCUGAGCAUGCGAGCGCCAAUAAUUUCGCCACGAUCAGGACUACUAGCAUAGUCACCAAACAGCAGAAGGAACACAUGCAGGAAGAGAUGCACGAGCAGAUGUCCGGGUACAAGCGCAUGCGCAGGGAGCAUCAGAGCGCGCUGCUCAAGCUCGAGGACCGGUGCCGCAUGGAAAUGGAGAGUCACAAGAAUCAGCUCGACAAGGAGUACGAGGCGUUGCUUCAGAACUUCAGCAAAGAACUGGAGCGGCUUCAGAUCAAACAUCAGCAGGAACUCGAACGGAAGCAGAAGCAGACGAUAGCGCUGGAAAAGAAACUGGUUAAGGACAUCACGAGCCGGCAGGAUAUGGAUAGGAAGGCGUUUGAGGCGCACAGGAAGAAAGAGUACAAGGCGAACAAGGAGCGAUGGAAGCGGGAACUUUCUCAGGACGACUCGACGCCCAAGAGGCAGCGGGACGCCACCUUGCAGACCCAUAAGGAGAACUUGAAACAGGUGGAUGCGCAGGAAGAACAGAGGCUCGUAAGGGGCCAGAAGGCCGAACUGGAGCUGGAGCUGCGCAAGUUCCGGAGAAAACGUCUGAUGGCAUACCAUCAGCUCGAGCAGGACCUGCUCAGACAGGAACUGCACAAGAGGCAGCAGCAGCUCGAACAGGCGCACUCCAUGCUGUUGAGGCAUCACGAGAAGACGCAGGAGCUCGAGUACCGACAACAGAAAGCCGUGCACGCUUUGAGGGAGGAGCAGGUUAAAAAUCAACACGACACCGAGCUGGCGAAUCAGGCGGAAUACAUGAAGAGGACGGAGCGGGAGAUGCGCAAGAAACACGCGCUGGAACUAAAACAGCAGCCCAAAUCGUUGAAGCAAAAGGAGAUGCUCGUGCGUAAACAGUUCCGCGAGACUUGCAAGGUGCAAACGAAGCAGUACAAGGCGCUCAAGGCCCAGAUACUGAUGAACACGCCCAAGGAGCAGCAGAAAACCGUCAUCAAGAAACUGAAGGAGGAGCAGAGGAGAAAGCUCGCGCUGCUCGGCGACCAAUACGAGCAGAGCAUCGCGGAGAUGUUGCAGAAACAGUGCAUCAAGCUCGACGAGAGCCAAGAGCUCCAGUGCCAGCAGAUGAAGGAGCGGCUGCAGUACGAGUUGGAGAUCCUCAUCGCCUACCAGAGCAAGAACAAGAUGCAGGCGCAGGCCCAGAGAGACCGCGAGAAGAACGAGUUGCAGGAACGGGUCGAAGUCAGGCGCGCCUUGCUCGAACAGAAGAUGAUGGCGGAAAACCAACGUUUCAUCGAGGAGAGAGGCGAGCGGAUCAGGAUCCUGCACGAGCGGCAGGAACGUGAGCUCGAAGAGUUUGAUGAGGAGUCAGUAAGGCUGGGAUUUAGUGCAUUGGCCAUAGCCGAGAUGUCAAUGGCGUUGGGCGAUCUCCGCGAUGGCUACGACGAUGAGGGCAGCCUCUCCGGGUCGAUGCUGAGCCUCGCCCACUCGAACAGUUCGACGAGCUUCCCGCCCAAUUCCGUUUAGUGUUUAGGUCGACUAAUCGUCGUAGUGGGUCGAGUGGCGACGUAGAUCUGUGAUCGGUACGUUUGAACUACCGGGACUCGUUCCGCGCUCUUUCUUGGUCGGUUUUGUGUGUUUUUUUUUUUUUCGGUUCGGUGGGUAAGUGUCAAACGUGUACUGAUUCCGAGGCAGGGCCGCCCUUUAACGGCGUACGCGCGCGUUGCACUCGGUCAAAUCGGUAGCGGAAAUACCGGCGGGAAGCUGCGAAGUUUUUGCUAAACGAAGGCGAAUGUAUAAGUAUAAAAGUGACCUUUUACUUUUUCAGUUCAUAAUUUAAUUAGCAAAAAAAAUAAAUUUUGAAAAUAUACGGGUGGUAAGUCACUAAAUCGUUAUUUUCGAGUGAAAUGCCACAAAACGUUCAACAUCGACAUCCGAGUAGGAAAGAUGGCCUGAAGUUGACGCCAACCCCUGUAUAUUGUAAAUAAUAUGAGGUUUGUUGUCAACCUGGCUAGAAAAAGUUCAAGGAAUUUUUUUUUCCUGGGCUUAUUCCUCUUCUGCCUCACUUCAGGUUUUAGACACUUUCCCUGUUAUAGUACACAUUUAUUAUGCAAACUUUAGGUGACUACGUGUUUACUUUUCAGUUUUAUGCAACCUUUCAUUCUUAGAAAUGUCAUUUCUUGUGCCUGUAUUCUGAUUUCUUUUUUUUUUUCUUUUUUCAUUGUUGAAAGUUUGUCGUCUCGUGAAAUUUUAUUUUAUUAUUUACCGUUCUGCUGAAAGUUCGGCAGAUAUGCUAACCUUUCCUACAUCGCAGCCCAAAUAAAUAAAAUGCUUUACCUGUUCCAAUACUAUCUUUGUCCUGACUGAAUAUGUACCCUAGGAAAGAGUAUUUUUGACAGAUUGUAUAGAAUAUGAUGGUCUCUAUAGGGCGUCUUCUGUUCAAUACUAUAUUUGUCCUGAGUGGAUAUUUACCUGAGAACAAGAAUUCUAAGUCAUCGGCAUACAAAAUGGUGUCGUUCUCCACUCUUUCACUGUGGCAUCUAUAUAAAUGCUAAAUAAUGUUGGUGAUACACAUCAGCAUUGUCUAUCUCCCUAGUCUGUCGAUAUUGCUUAGUUAACUUUCCACCCAUAUCUAUUGCAAUUUUGGUAUCUAUAUAUAAAUUUUGUAUUGCAAAAACAAUUUAAAAAAAAAACGCGAAUUGUAAAGGAUCAUCUUACUCCCGGGAAAUUUUAGGUACUUUUUAAUUUGCAAUUUUUAAAAAAUCUUUAAUUCUGUUUACACGUACAUGGUGACCAAUUUUUCAAUGGUAACUCUUAAAGCGUUGCGCAGUGCUCCAAAGCUGCCCAAAUUAAAUUAUCAGGGACGGACCAAGAAGUAUUUUUGAAAAAAGAAAAUUAGUUGGUUUUCAUUUUUCGUUUCUCGCAAGUCUUUUCCGAUUUUUUAAACAAAAAGUUAUACGAGUUCAAAAUUACUUCAUCUCGGUUGUUUUGUCUACAGGGUGUCUUACAUUACUGUAUUUUUGCGUCUUUUUAGAUUUAACAAAAAAAACUAAACUAAUUUUGUGGUAGCUGUAUUGCAGUUCACAUCUAUUGAAUGUUUAGUUAAUUUCACUGAAUUAAUUGGAAUUAAUUAAAUUAAUUAGUUUAAUAAAUUUAAUUAACUUGGCGUUAAUGUUAAGUUUCUCAAUCAGAAAGUAAUUUUUAAUGCAUUGUAAAAGUCCAUUUUCAAUUGUUUUUUUCCCUCAGUGAAACAAUAGACUUGAAUUUUUGAAACUAACUUGGUUUUUUAUAAGGAAUCUAGAAAUGUCAAAAUCAAGUUAUGCGGUUUUUGCAAAAUAUUUGUGAAUCCACUUCUUCCAAUUUAAUUUUUGUACCUUCUGCGUAUUAGCCAUCAAAAUAUACAACUUUUUUCCCAUUUAACAGACACCCUUGAUGGUUUAAAAAUUACCCACACAAUCGCAUUGAAAAAUUGAUAUCCAUUACUUCCCGUUUAAAAAUAAAAAUAAUAUUUGAAAAAGAGACAAACCCCUGGACGCUUGCUCGUUUUUCAGUUUGCGAUACCAUUAUCAGCAGUGCCUUUUUUGGACGACAGAUGGGGCAGUCAGUUACCCGCUUGUAUUUCCACUGCCGAAAUUUGCGUGUAAAUAUACUGUCUAUUACAAAGAAAACCCAUCGGGGCGCCAUGUUCGAAACCCACGCCCUCCUAACGUAUAAGCAUACUUUUUAUUAAAAUUUUUCUUUAUACUAUUAACGUAAAUUAUUGGUUUCCAAACUGUAGGUAUAUUUCUUAAUUUUUUUUUCCUUUUCCGAUCGACCGAAUAAUCCCCGAGACUGUCGCGUCGACUACUUUAUUCAAAUUAUUUUAGGUUACCCAAUGAUGGAUUAUAUAGCUACGUAAUUUUUAAAAUAAAAAAAAAGACUAACUGUACCAAAAAUUAUUGGUAUGUACGCUUAAUAAUAUACAAAACAGAUUAUUAGCCCUUGCUUCUUGUACUAUAGGGAACGGCAGACGGCAAAAUGGCUUCGUCGUUUUGAAUUGGUUUCUAUUGCGUUUCGAUCGUUUUGAGUACCGUCAAAACGAUCCCGAAUCUCUCCCCGGUCUCUCCGGCUACUUCCCGGUUUGCGGUUUUUCUUCGUUCGAAAAACUUUCGUUAAAUUCCUUUCGAAGUUAUAGUGGGUCAAGCGAAACCCAUACAAUGGUAAAUAAAUACACAAAAUGAUUAAUGGCCUUUAUGGAGUAUAUAGUACGAAACUUUAAUAUUUAAUUUGGCAUAAAAAUAAAAAUAAUUAUUCUAAAAAGGAGACCCCAAAAUUAAAGUCAUGUACUAUUUGUUUUUUUUUUGUUUUUUUUUUUUUUU